AUGUCGCCUCCCCCGCGUGCCUCGCACGACGAUUUGCCUGUGCAAAUCAGACAGAACCUUGCGCUGCAGAGAAUGCAGCAGAACCUUUUCGAACUUGACGAAUUCUCUUCCCCUGUGGCACCACAGGAGGGUGUUGAGGCAGAAGCUGCCCCUAUCCCGACCAGAGCGGCUCCUGCAGGUGCUGCAGAUGGUGUUGUCCUUGAAGAUGUGACGGCUCUGCUCGCCCAGGUCACCAAGCAAUCAGAAGACGAGGUGAAGAGAGCAGGUGUCAUCGAAACACUGCGAGCCUGUCACACGGUGGGUCUCCUCAAGGGACAGCCCAUCCUCCAGCGUCUUUUCCUGGACAUGUACGAUGAGACCAAGCGCAAUCGCCUGCUGACCUCCAGCCGCGACUCCUCUGCUGCGGGCAAGCCUCCUGUGGUAGUGGACGCGGUUGCCUCAAGUGCCGAUCGUCCCUCCCAGGAGGUGCCACCUGAUGCAUUGGAUGUCGAGAUGGUGGAGCCGGCGGAUCUGGCUGCUGAUGGCGACUUUGCCAUGGUGGACGCGCCCCCUGGGGAAGGGAGCGCGGUUGCCUCAGGUGCUGAUCCUCCAUCCCAGGGGGUGCCAUCGGCAGAUCAGGAUGUGGCCCUUUCGGAGCCGGGCUUGGUCGACUCGACCAAUGGCUCCUGGGUUGUGGCCGACAAGGCCCCAUCGAUCACGGUGCCAAGCACCUCCGGAGACUAUGCAUGGGUGGAACAUGAAGACGUCGAGCAGUUGCAGGCCUGGGUUCAAGAGCAGCUGGACGAGCUGCCUUUUGUCUCGGUCAUGGACUUGUUCAGCAAGUCCCACCCCUGGUGGGAGGCUGUGUGCAGGUGGUAUUGCACCGUCCCGGAGGAGGUGGGGAUGAUAAAGGGCCAAAAGAUCACCAGCACAGUUUUGGCCCGGUGGAACUGCCUGAGAAGGGAGGACCGCGUGAAGCUCCUCUCGCAUGUGGACGCAACAUCUAAGGAGUUCCACCAGGACCCGAGUCUCCUUGUGAGCGGCCUGAUGCACAUGAAGCACAAGCUUGAUUUCAAGAACGUGGGCACGGUCAUCCUCUCCCUGCCGACCUUGACGAAAGAGGAACUUCUAGGCACGGACAGGGCGGUGGUUCAGUGCGUGGACGCCACGAAGGCGGUCUACAGGCCCCAGACGGAAUAUGAGAGGAAGUUGCCGGGCCCUGCUCUUUCUGCUGCCAUCAACUCUGCCGGCCCGAUGGGGAAGGACUCCUCACCCGGUUUGAUUCUCAGGAUGGCCCGGAGCAGAAGCCGCACGAAUGCGGAGUGGUCUUUAGCCCGGACAUGGCCAACGCCCUGGGUGCCCACCUUUGCCGAGGCGGUGAACCUGGAGAAUAAGACACACAGAGGGAAGGUCCUCAGGGCGGCCGCGGGGGCUGCUCUGGCAGUGCUCCAGUGCCAUUCGAAGCUGGUCGCCUGGGCCUCCUCCAACGAGGCGGCCUCCAUUGCCUUCAAGAGCCAAGGAUUGCCAAGGACAGUCCUGACCAAGCUUGGCAUGGCAAUCUGCAACAGGGCUCCACGCUCCUUGACCUGGCUCACGCUGCGGGGAACCUCCUGGAUUUUGGGCAAGGGCUGGGAGACAGUGGAGGCGAAGGUGGGGGGUAUCUUUGUGAUCUCCUACUUGGACGGCUCUUCUGUGGAUGCCAGCUUUGGACCUGGCGUUGAACCGUGCCCGGCGAAGGCAGAGGGGGACACCCCGGUUGCCUCAGGUGCCGAUGGGUGGACCCCAAAACCAGAGCGGGCGCCCACGGACCGGGACAUCGCCAUGGAAAACCUCAAGGCCUUGGAGCAAGCGGCCAUGGAGGAAGGGACCGUGGAUGCGGCGGAAGAGGUAGCGAAGACGGCACUCCUCCCUGGUAAGAGGGCGGUCGCCAACAUGGCCCAGAUCUCUUCCGCCACGUUGGCUGCCAACCUCACUGGGACCAACCAGGGUCAGGGCCUUCUUGCUGCGAUGCGUAGGACCCUGGCACCGCAGGAGAUGACCUUUGACAAGGAGGAGAAGGCCAAGCGGGAGGAGAAUAAGAAGCGCAACGCGGAGCAGCUCCAGGACCAUUUUGUUUACACUCCGGUGGUCCAGCCGCCAAGCCUGUGGAGCAAGGAGCUGGUGGAACUGGUGGAGCACGUACUCGGCCGGGUCCAAUCCGAAGUGGUGGCGGUCCACAAGCUUAUCCAGUCGAUACCGAAUGUCCCGGAGGACAUCGAAGGUGGAGACCUCAAGCACCAGGCCGACGUGAAGCGUGUGGCCGCCUUCUUCAACCCGGCCCUUUUCGACAAGCCGUUCCCGGAGCUGCAGGGGACGAAGGCCCCGGAGACUCUGGAAGACCAGGUCCGGACCCUGAACGCCAUGUCCUACCUCACGGGUUGGAGGUGGGUGAGGCAACCGGGCUCGGUCACCCAAGGCGAGCCUGACGAAUGGUACGCCGGCUGGACGGACCUCACCCACACAGCCUUCGCAUCGGCCACGCACUCAGUGAACUCCAUCUUCGCCAAGCAUGGAUUGGCGACGUACAGCCUUCAGAUCCCGGAGAUGGUGGGGAACCUCCUCAACCCUAUGGUGGCGCUUUCGAAGCCAGGAGCGGAAGGGGAGGUAGGCAGUGAGCCCCACCACUGGCGGCUCAACCUCCAGACGGUGACCCUCAGGGAGCUUUUGAACUGCUAUGGCAGCGUGCUCUCGGCCAAGGACAUCUGGAACAUGGUGGGCCCAACGAAAAACGAAGGCCAGAAGAAGUUUCAGAAGGGGUUUCCCCUGGUGCGCUCCAACCUCCGCAAACGGGGAGAGUACCGUGCCGCCCGCCGCCAGGCCUUCCUUGACCUGCGCUUGAAGGCGAAGUCGUGGAUGGAGGCAAGAGGGUUCGGAGAACCGAAGUGCCCGGAGGACUACGCGAUCAUCCUCCGCCGGAUGAGCUUCGAGGUCCACUGCAUGAACUUCCUUCACAACCCCAGAUGGCUCAAGGACCUCCCGGAUGCUCCGGUCGUGGACUCCAAGGACAGGCUUCGGCUGCGUGCGGAGUAUGACCACAGAGUCACGCUGCCCAUCGAGUCCCUCCCGGUCGACCUCAAGUCGUUCUUCUCGGGCAAGCAUGCACAAGUGGGCACUGAAUCCACAUGGAAUGUGGCAUGGUCCUCCCGGACGGAAUGGGGCCGGGACUCGGUGGAUGGCAAGUGGCUCAAGGGAUUGCUGCCCCCUAGCCUCGAUGCCGGGGAAGGCGGCGUAAUCGAUGUUGGCGCCCUCUCGUGGCUGUGCUGGGUAUGCUCUUGCCCCUGUGACUGGCUGGGCCGGGAGCCUGACCAGGUCGUGGACACGCGGGACCGUGAGCUGGUCAUCCUCACGGAGGCUAUCUGGGAACGAUUCCAGCCGAGGGCCAGGGAGCUUCUUGUGGAAGGCUCUGGCAGACCGGUGGCAGACCAAGUUGAUUGGUCCUUUCUGCUCACGCUCCCCCCCGAGACUCGCCAGAACAACGCUGGCCUCAGGGCCGGGUAUACGGUCCAACGCUGGCGACAAGGUGGCAUACGGCAAGGUGGCACCUGCCUUCUGUGUGAUCCCUGUCUAGACAACCUCCAUCCGGGUCACUUUGGUGGCCCUGCCUGGUGCCACGUCUCCUGCAUGGAACAUCCUUAUUCCCGGGCGCUCAAGCAGACCCUCCCAGGGUUGGAGGUCACUUUGAAGGACAUGGGCCUGGGCCCACACCCGGUGGAGUGUGACGUUGCUGCCAAGGCCCUCCUUGAUUUUGACGUGGUGUCUGGCGUUAAGGCAACCUGGCUUCAGACGCUUCCGGAGGAUAGGAUUCAAAAGCUUGAAGAGACCUUCCCAGAGGCGAUCGCAAGGCUCCAGCGCCCUUCUCUCUCCAGUGGGUCUUGGGAGCACUGGGCACCGAGACCGGCGUUGAUGGAAGGCCCGGUCAAACAACUUGCUGUGGACAGGGCAGCAAAGAAGAAGUGGGCUGACAAGAUCAUCUCGGUCCUUGCCCCUUACCACAGACACCUGGACAAUAUGCAGGACAUCAAGCCGGGGGAGGAUAAGUAUGAGGUCUGGCGGCCAUUGGUGGGAAAAGCCAGAGUCAAUUCUUUGAAGUCGGUCUUUUACAGCCUCAAGAAGCUCCGUUCCACAUUGGGCUGCUCCCCCUUACCAUUUUCAGAGGAGAAGGCGAAGCACCUACUCCACGAGGCGGUUGACCAACAGUUCUCCAUCUACAGGCUGGGGCAGUUGUGGCGGACGCUGCACUGGAUCCCCCAGCACUUUGGUGGUUUUGACCCCACGACCCACCAGGCGAUCAACCGACGUUACGAAUACACCAGGGGCCUCCUGGUCACGUCUGAAGCCAAGAAGGAGAGGAGGGCCACACCACCUUCCAUGGAGGUAGUCACGGCGUUGGAGAAGUUGGCCGGGUCCCUUCCGGAGGGCUCCCCGGAUGGCUAUGCGGCCUCGUUCUUCAGGUUUUGCAUCGGGGCCUCGGCUAGGUUCUCUGACACAGUCCAUACCAGGCCUGACACCAUGAAGCUCACUAAGGACACUUUCGAGUUCACCGCCUGGCAGACUAAGGUGAAGGAGAUUGGAGACAACGAUCGUCCCCAACCGCUCAUUUCACCGCUGGUCUCCUUCUCCAAGGUUGAAUGGUGGGACCCAAUGAUUGCCUUCAGUAAGAAGCGGAACAGCCUUGCCACCAAGGGCCUCGAGGACAAUUACCUCCUUCCGGUUCCAGACCGCGACCGCCUAGACUUCACGAGGGCCCUUUGUGACAAUUCUCGGGCCCUGCGGUGGCUCAGGGCCCUCCUCUCUAUGAAGGGGGCUGGGAUUGCAGAGGAGGAGGGGGACAGCAUGGCGGAUGUUUACACGAGGGAACACCGCUCAGUGGUCCUGUCUAUAUGGAAAGAAGUCCUUUCCAAGCCCCAGCCGAUUGCCGAGGAUGGGGUACGGUUUGUGCCGGAAGACCUUGAUGCCCCCUACUACCAGUUGUCUGAAGAGCCACCCAUGGAGGACGAGGUCGCGCAGCUCCCGUUGCUCCCGGCGGCCAACGAUCCUCCGGAGGAGAAGCGGGCGGAUGGCCCCGCCUUUAUGGCAACCAACUCCCGGAAGACCUGGUUUUUUCCGGUGUACCGGGUACACUGGUUUGAUCGGGGAUACCGUUGCCUGGGUUGUGGUUGGAGGCCCAAGGACUCCAAGAGCUUGAUCACUUUCUACGAGUUGGACUGGAGACUAGACUACGUCUUCUGUGCUAAGGCGGCGCGAGCCAAGCAGCCCCCGGACUGCUUUCGGCUUAACGUUGUGCCCAAGGACUCCUCCAGCGGGGACCCCUCGGAUGGCUCGGGCUGGUCCACGAUCCCUUUCGUGAUUGUGGGCGGUUGCCGCAGGUGCCGAUCCCUGGCCGGGGCAUUAGCCCUGCGGACUUGGCGUAUUUCCGACCUGUCUGAGCUAUGCCUGCCUCGGGAAUCCGUGCUUGCACUGAUCAACUCGCAUGUCAUAGGGCCAAGCCAGCAGCCUUUCUUCAGCUUUCUGCUCGGGCCGGCUGCCAUUUUGGGUCAGACUCACGACGGGUGUAAGCCUGGGCUACUACCGCCUGGACCGAUGGACAGACCUCGUGCUGAAAUCGACGCCAGGCAGACCCUGGCACGGCCUCCUGACCUAUGCCCGGACCCCUACAAGGAUGAGGUCAUGAAGAUCGAGGACAGCGUCCGCCUGGUCCUUUCUCGGCAUCAAGUCCCGUGGCUAGUCCUCUGUGUCAUGGGGAAACAAGGAUUUGUCAGUGCCCAGGACUGGGCAGGCCGGUGGGAUAAGAAGGAACUCCGAAAAGAAGCUCCCAAGUUGGGCUUCUCACCAGGCCAGAAUGGUUAUGAUGAGCACACCUGCGUCCUCACGGCGAUCCGCCUGGAGAACGCGGUCGAACAGUUCAAGCUCCUCAAGAAAAGGAAGCUUGCCGAGGUGGACAUUCACUCGGUGGAGGACUACAAAGCGAUGAUUGGCAGAGGGGACCGCCAGGAAAUGCGGGCAGCCUACUUGUCCAAGUUCGGCACCGAACCGGAGCGGGAAUACGAAGGAUCGGACCAUAUGCUCGGGGUCCUGAGGGAGUUCCUCUCGGGCUCCCAGCUGGAUCUCAACAAGGUGGUUGCAAACCACCCCAAGGAUGGUGAACUGAAGUUCCAGAAGCGUCAGAGCAAGGAGGACGACGAAUGGAUCCAUGAAGAAUCCAAUCGUGUCCAGUCAGAGAAACAGUGGAAACGGGUCCUCAUGAUCUGGAGGACGUCUCUUCUAAUGGUGGUUGCGACCUGCACCGGUCCCUCCUGCAUUCACCUGACUAAGGCAGACCUGGACGAAUUCUACAAUUUCCUCUUCGGGGACACCAUCAUGGGCCGGGAACCCGCCCCUUCACUGGGGGUUCUGAUGAUAGCGGAAAGGAAGGUAUGGCGUCAGGUGGCCCUGAACAUGGCCAAGGACGAGACUCUGACCAUCUCGGCCGCCCUCAAGGAAAUCCAGAAUAACUCACGCUUCUGGUCGAUGGAGAUAGACGAGUUCUACCCCUUCCAGCCCAAAGGCACCAAGAAAGGGAAGGGCAAGGGCAAGGACAAGGACAAGGGCAAGGUCUCCCAACAGUGGGACUCCUGGAAAGGGAAAGGCAAGAGGCCCUGGAAAGCUAAGGGCGAUUCAUCCAAGUACCAGGGCAAACAGAAGAAGGAAGACUGGCGUUGGGCUACGCGCUCGGACGAGUCGGUCGAGCCACCCCCUGCACCUCCGACGGGAUCCUUCCGCACCAAGGCAUCGCAUCAUGAGUGGGCACAGAAAGGGUCGGAUGGCAAGGAGUUCUGCAAGAAGUACCAUGCCUUCAACAGGUGCCCGGGAGACUGCGUCCCACAACUGUCCGGUGCGCCUGCCCCGAACAAGAGGGCUUUGGGCGAAUCUUCACUGGAAGGGGACCGUUGGAAUCGAGAUCGUUGGUCCCAUGCUUUGCCAACUCUGCCUGGUUUCAGAGGCCUCCCUCACAGGCUCUUGGACAGGCUUCUUCCUGGAGUGUCUGUCUGGCCAGUGGAGGGAAAAUCGUAUCAGCCCACAGUGCUGAUUCUUUACGCUGGGAAGGAUGACUCCUGGAGCACCAAAGCAGCGAUCACAAGAGUGGCCCCUUUCCUGGGUGCCUCGGUUCGGGAAUUAGACAUUUGCAGGGGAGGCAUUGCACAGGACGUCCUUGCUGAGGAAACCUUCUCUGACCUCUGUGCUCUGGCUCUCUCUGGCAACCUCAUGGCUAUCGUUGGGGCAGCAGCUUGGGGCCUCGAAGACCUUCCGGAGACGUUGCUCACGGACGUUGAUAAUGACUCACUUCUCCUCUACCACCUUGCAAUGGCGUCGGGCCCUCGGCCCCCAGCAUUCCUCCUGGAACACCCGGAGGAUCCCGCCAACCAAGGUGGUUUGGCUGGGGCGGGGGACGGAGGAGACCCACCACCGGGACCCAGGCGCGGGGCUGCCCCUGGCCAGACCAGUGCACCGAGGGAUCUGGAGCCCCCGGCUCCCACUACUGCUGACAACUACCCCAGUGCAGAUGUCUUCGAGCACACCGAGCAAACUUUCUUGGAAGAGAAGCUCCUGGAGAUGGUGGCUGGGCCCUUGUCGGAACAGGAGGCGGCGGACCUCUGCGCCUGCGACGUGGCAGAGUUGUGUGUCGGGGCCAUGGCGGGCAUUCAGGAACUGGACAAGGUCAGGACCAUCUUCGACGCCUCGGUCAUUGGUGUCAACGACAACAUCAGGGCGAACACUGACAAGAAGACCACGGCCCCGACACUCUACGACUUGCUCUUUGCUUGGCUCCAUCUGGCGUCGAAGGACCUGACCCUUUUCAAGUCGGAUGUGAGCAAGGCUCACCGGAGGAUCAAGGUUCUCAAAAAGCACUGGAGGUACAUGGUGGCCAAGAUCAAGAAGAAGUUCUGGGUCAACAAGGUCGGCACCUAUGGUGUGGCCUCGGCUCAACUCUAUUGGGGCCGAUUGGCAGCCAUCCUCACCCGCCUCUCUUACCAGAUUUCAGAGGUGUUCCUUUGGGUCCUUGUCUUUGUUGAUGAUUUCAUGGCUGUUAUGAAGGAGAGCCUUGGCGAACUGGGGGCUGCUACCCUCAUGCUCUUCCUUACGCUGCUGGGUUGUCCUAUCUCUUGGCAUAAGAAUGCCCUGGGCAAGGUCAACCGUUGGUUGGGCUACAUGGUGGACAUCUCCGAAGGCUCCGUGUGGCUCCCGGAGGAGAAAAUGACUGUCCUCCGCCCGGCCCUGGCGAGAUUGGAAUCAGGGGAACUGCACACCAGGAAGGAAAUCACCUCCUUACUGGGCAAAUUGCAGUGGGUGGCUAAGGCCUACCCGCAGGUGAGUUCUCACCUCCAGCCGCUCUAUGCAUGGGAACAAAAACUGGAACGCAAGUGCAAGCCGGGAGACCUUGUACGUUUCCUGGCUACUCUGCUCCUCUCAAUCCUGGAUACUGGUCCCUGCGUUCCUCUCCGUCUACAGCGCAACACUCCAUGCUAUGGGAGUAGUGAUGCCGGCGAGGACGAUGGCUGGGUCGCCAUUGGUGGCUGGUUCUCGCCCUCUCUGAACCCGGCUAAAGCGGAGGUCCUGUGGUUCUCCAUGGACGUCCUUGCCACGCCAUGGGCGCAGCCCCUCCUGGCGCACACUUCUGCUAAGCGCCGGAUUGGGGCCCUUGAACUCCUGGGUACCCUCAUUCUUUUCCUUCUGGCUGCGGAGUCCCUGGGACCCAGCAUGGUCGAUGCGCACCUCCCUCUCACUACGGAUAAUGAGGGCAACGCCUUUUCUGCCAGCAAGAGAUCUUCGAAGAAGUGGCCUUGCUCGGCGCUUUUGAUGGAGCUCUCAGCACAGGAGUUCCACAAGGGUGUCUUUGCUCAGGCCACCCAUGUCAAGCGGAGCUCAAACACGUGGGCAGAUCAGCUCACACACUUUGAUUUCGAAGGAUUCUCCCCCGAAAAGAGGCGGGACGUCUCCUUGUCCUGGACUCCGAGCUGGAUGAUCCUGGAAAA